UCACAAAGAGGCGGCUAAUCGUCGUUAGCUGUGCUAUCUGUGCUAGCUACUGAGUCCGGCCCCCAGCCUGCGCUCUGUUCGCUUCAGUCCAGUCUCUGAACUCGGUGCAGACGCUCGUACGGACAUGUUGUCUGGCAUUGUCAGGUCUGCGCUCAUGAACAACAGGCGGUGGCUGCCCGCUCACGCUGCGCUCAGAGCCAUGUCCUCCACCGGUCCUACGUCUCCUUACACCACCCUGUCCGUCACACGUCCAGCACAAUCCAUCACACAAGUGGAGCUUUACCGCCCGGAGAAGCGCAACGCUAUGAACACAGCUUUCUGGAGUGAGAUGGUGGACUGCUUUAACGAGAUUGCUGCAGACCCACACUGCAGAGUGGUGGUGUUUUGUGGAGCAGGGAAGAUCUUCACAGCUGGUAUAGACCUGAUGGACAUGGCCAGCAACAUCCUUCAACCAGAGGGAGAUGACACGGCCAGAAUUUCCUGGAACCUCCGGAAAAAAAUUUCCAAGUAUCAAGAAACCUUUUCUGUUCUAGAGAAGAGUCCAAAGCCAGUUGUGGUGGCUGUGCACGGAGCCUGCAUUGGAGGAGGUGUUGACCUCAUCACAGCCUGUGACAUUCGCCUGUGCACCCAGGAUGCCUGGUUCCAGGUGAAGGAAGUUGAUAUUGGACUUGCGGCAGAUGUUGGAACUCUUCAAAGACUUCCCAAAGUCAUCGGCAGCCGCAGCCUCGUGAACGAGUUGGCUCUGACAGGCAGGAAGAUGUACGCAGAUGAAGCAAAGAGCAGCGGCCUGGUCAGCCGCGUGUUUGCAGAUAGGGAGGCCAUGAUGGCUGCAGCUCUGGAGAUGGCUGGUGAAAUCGCUGCUCGGAGCCCUGUAGCUGUGCAGGGCACCAAAAUCAACCUGCUCUACGCCAGAGACCACAGUGUUCCUGAGGCACUGGACUACAUGGCCACGUGGAAUAUGAGCAUGCUCCAGACUCAGGAUCUGAUGAAGUCGGCUCAGGCUGCCAUGGAGAAGAAAAGUCCUAAGACGAUAACCUUCUCUAAACUUUAAGCCCCAUCCAAACUGACAUAUCUGCCACUGUGGCCUUUUGGUGGGAGGGAAACAGUUUGUAGAUGUCAUCAGGAGACCUGAGCUUAACCUGCCUAAAUAAAAAUAACAAUGCUAAAACUUG